GGUUGAAAUGAGUGUAAAUGCUGAUUCAUGCAUAUGCAGGAAAAUUACACUUUAUAGUAAAGUAUCCUUCCCCUAUGAUCUCAUAGGUUUGGCGAUUGAAUUGAAGAACUAGUUACUAGAUAACUGCCCAGCGUGGGGGACUCUUUCAUCUAUCUACGAAGAUCCAGAAGAAUCAUAGACAGCCGAGUAACCUCGCCGGAACAUCAGAUCCAAUCUCCAUUUUCGAGAACUUCAAACUUGUGAUCGAAAGAGGGAGGAAGCACCCAAGGCAAUCUGCGUUGCGUUGCGUUGUGGUGAAUGUGAUUCGCGAUCUGAAAAAAAAAAUGGCGAGGAAAGGGACGAGUAUUAGAUUAUCGAGCUCCAGAAUCUCUUCUUCCCUUUUGCUCUCAAUGUUCGCUACUUUCGCUUCCUUCUACGUCGCAGGCCGUCUAUGGCAAGAAUCACAAACUAGGGUUCAUCUUAUUAGCGAGCUCCACCGAGUUACCGGACAGGGGAAAUCUGCCAUAUCAGUGGAUGAUACUUUGAAGAUCAUAGCUUGCAGGGAACAGAAGAAGACACUUGCAGCUCUUGAGAUGGAGCUUAGUGCUGCUAGGCAACAAGGCUUUGUUCCAAAGCGUACUACUGAUGGAACUGAGACCAAGAAAAGACCACUUGUGGUUAUCGGUAUCAUGACAUCUUUGGGUAAUAAGAAGAAAAGAGAUGCAGUCCGGCAAGCAUGGAUGGGAACUGGUGCAUCACUGAAAAAAAUUGAAACUGAAAAGGGUGUGAUUGCACGUUUUGUUAUUGGUAGAAGCGCAAACAAAGGGGACAGCAUGGACAAGAGCAUUGACGCUGAAAACAGUCAAACCGAUGACUUCAUUAUUCUUGAUGAUGUAGUUGAGGCACCCGAAGAAGCUUCUAAGAAGGUAAAGCUCUUCUUUGCCUAUGCUGCGGAUAGGUGGGAUGCACAGUUUUAUGCAAAGGCCAACGAUAAUAUCUACGUUAAUAUGGAUGUACUCGGGAGUACACUUGCAGCACAUCUAGGGAACCCGAGGGCUUACAUCGGUUGCAUGAAAUCAGGCGAAGUUUUCUCAGAACCGAACCAAAAAUGGUAUGAACCAGAAUGGUGGAAAUUCGGUGACAAGAAAUCAUACUUCCGGCAUGCUUAUGGGGAGAUGUACGUUAUAACUCAUGCAUUGGCUAGAUUUGUAUCGAUCAACAGGGACAUACUUCAUGCGUAUGCUCAUGAUGACGUGAGCACGGGGUCAUGGUUCGUUGGACUUGAUGUUAAACAUGUAGAUGAAGGAAAGUUUUGCUGUUCCGCUUGGUCCUCAGGUAGCCUCACAUAUCAUUUUCUACCAAACAUUUGUUUGUAUGCAUAUUGUUGGACUUGUAUCUAAUUUUCUUUGCAUACGUUUCAGAAGCUAUAUGCGCAGGAGUGUAGCAGGACCAAAUUUACAUAGAAGUGUGAGGGCUUUGCUGCUUAUAGAGAAGCACACACAUAACAUAUUUGUCUGAAAAGGGAUAAUUACACCAUUUACUUCUUCAUGUAUCUUUAUACUUUACCAUCUUAUAACUUCAUCCUUUACCCUUUUGUGGGUUGUGGCAUGAGUCAUUGCAUUAUACUAUAAAAGGUUUUGGUUGUGA